GUCACGGUGGCAGCGUCUGUGUUUUCAAUUAGUUGAUUUCUCCUUACUAGUUAAGUAGCUUCUGUUUGAGCACGUUGUCCGUGACGUCUCUUUGGUUUGCCCUUUACUUCCACGUCCCUGACCCCCUUACGUGUGUUUUCUGUUGCCCAUUUACGUAUUUGUUUUUGCUGGGCUUCAGUUCUGCGCUUGGGUCCGCCGUCCCGCAACACUUUAACCCCGAAGUGGACGAGAGUGCGACUGUCUGUCAUUCACCUGCAGGAUGGAAAGGACGGUGUGCUCGCGCUACCCCUCGGUUUCUGUGAGGGGGAUUCCCUUACAAGAGCCCGUAGCCAGACACUUCGCCAGAGUUGAGAAGUUUCAAGCGUUUAAAGAUGAUUUGCUUGUUGCCACAUACCCUAAAGCAGGUACUACGUGGACGCAGGAAGUAGUGGAUCUGAUUCUAAAUGAAGGUAAUGAAGAGAAAUGCAGGCGAGCUCCCACCUACAUCCGAAUGCCUUUCCUUGAGAUGACCUCUCCAGAUCCAUCCGUUUCUGGCAUGACUAAACUAGAGAAGAUGGAUCCUCCCAGGGUUAUCAAAACUCAUCUACCCAUCCAGCUUGUACCUCAGUCGUUCUGGGAGGCAGGGUGCAAGGUGAUAUAUGUGGCUCGCAAUCCUAAAGACACAGUGGUGUCAUACUUUCAUUUUGAUCGCAUGAACCUUACCCAGCCUGAGCCAGGACCGUGGCCAGAGUACCUAGAAAAGUUCAUGAAAGGACAAUUAUGCUGGGGCUCCUGGUAUGAUCAUGUCAAAGGAUACUGGAGAGAAAAGCAAAACAAGAACAUUCUCUACCUCUUUUAUGAAGAUAUGAAAGAGAACCCUGCUCGGGAGGUCGUCCGCAUUGCUGAGUUCUUAGGACACCGCUUAUCAAAGAGUGUGGUUGGUAAUAUUGUGAAAAUGACCACAUUUGCUGCAAUGCAAAAGAACCCUAUGGCCAAUUACUCAACACUGUCUGGCAUAUUUGACCGUAAAGCUUCAGAAUUCAUGAGAAAAGGGGAGGUUGGUGACUGGCAAAAUCACUUCAGUCCACAAGAAAAUGCUGCGUUUGAAGAGCACUACCACAAAACAAUGGCUGCUACUCCUAUUCCUUUUCGAUUUUCUUUAUGUGAACAAAACCUCACAUGCUCACUGUAGGUACUUCAUUGUAGGGGUGUAAGAAAAUAUUGAUACACCUGAGCAUCUCUGUUUUGUGAUACUGUAUUGAUUCCUAAAAACACUAUCAAUUUUUAAUGAAUGGUUUAAGCACCACUAGAUUGCAGUGUUGUAAUCUAUCUUCUAUCUGUCACCUAGCUGACUAGUAACGCUAUCACCGAUGGCUGAAUCCGAAAGACCAGUGUCCUAGCAGUAUGUCCUACCUAUCGAGCUAUCAGUACUAUAGCAUAGUAACUUGUUUUAAACAUUAAUUCAGCCUUACUUCAGGUCUGUUGUAUUGUCCAAUUUAAUAUCACUGCUUACCCUCUGAUAAGGUGAUUUAGGCUUUCAAAAGAUCCUACUUAUUCUUUUAAUGCUGGUAACAUUUUCUGAGAGGGAGAUUUAAACAAGGCUGAAGUCAGCUUCUUGUUUACCAGAUUCUUAUUUGAAUUUACCUUAAAUGGUGCAGUAGCUACAUUCUCGCACACCCGACACAUCACAUAGCAGAGAACCCAAAAACACCAGGUUCAUGUUCAUUUUUACACUCUUUUAAAAAUUGAAUUAAAGUUGUCAUUAUCAAACUUG